GCGAAGGCAGGACGGCUCCCGACCGCCGCUCCGUCCCGGUCCCCGUCUCCUGCCCGUCUCCACGCUUGUCCCGCGCUCCGGCCGCGGCUCUGGCUCCGCCGAGGGGAAGCCGAGCGGUGUUGGCCGUCGGGGAUCUCGGCGCCUCACUGUCCGUGAAACUUCAGCCACUUGCCGGGGAGCACCCACCCCCUGCCCCGAGUGGCUGCUUCGGGCAACGAAAGAGGUUUCUGCACGGCAGCAGCAUGGGGCGGACCAUGAGACCCGACGACAUCAACCCCCGGACAGGGCUGGUGGUGGCUCUGGUCAGCGUCUUCCUGGUGUUCGGCUUCAUGUUCACCGUGUCCGGCAUCAAGGGAGAGACCCUGGGAGACAUCCCAUUGCUGGCCAUCGGGCCGGCCAUCUGCCUGCCCGGCAUCGCUGCCAUCGCCCUCACCAGAAAGACGGACGGCUGCACCAAAUGGCCCAAGAACAAGUGUCCGUGCUGCAAGCAAGUCACAGACAGGGAUGUCAUGGAGCUGCUGAGGACCCCCUCGGACCUGGAGACUGGCAGAGGCAGUUGCGACGAGCUGGCCAAGAAAGCAUUCCAGGACAGGAGAGUGCUGCAGGGCGAGGACUCUGUGUCCAUCUGCACCACCACCACCAUGGGAGAGUGCAAGAGCCUCAUUAGAAAGGUGGAGCAAGAGGAGAUGCUGAGAUACCUGGAGACCUGUUACCCAGAGAUGCCGGAGAAUGUGUUCGUAAGAGAUGGCUCCACAUACAGUGCCUUGGAGAAGAAGAACUCUUCUCCCACCAGGGACAGUGCUGCUUGCCCUGACAUUGAAGACAACAUUUUUGUUGCUCCUAAAGAUAGUAUCAUUGUCUGCUCUUACAAGGAGAACAGCCCUUAUGACAGAUACUGUUGUUACAUAAACCCUACCGGAGUCAACUCAGACCAGGAGACCAUAGUGUGAAAGAUGCAUACUUUAUAUAUAUCUAUGUAUACAAAACCUACAACUUCAACUUUUUGAUAGGGGAUAAUAUAGAUGUCUGCACUGCAUGGGACAAUCCUGAUACUAUUACAAUUUAAUCUGGUAUGUGACUGAUACUCAAACCUUUUGUGCCUGAAAUACCUUCUGUAAGUAAACAAGCAUGUUUAAAGGUUAAAGAAUUCAAUUCUUCGUUUUGGAAAAAUGAAAUGACAUUUUAAUUGCGUUUUCUCUUUUUCCCUCCCUGUUGUUUUCUUGCUGCCUAUUGCACCCGUGCCCAUAGACACACUGACAUGAGGGCAGCAGUGGCUCUCAGGUGAGAUCAAGAGCUGAAUCAAAACUCUCAGCUUUCAGUAGGAAAGAAUGUGGUGCUCUAUGGGUGAAUGGGUCUUUACAAUAGUGUCACUUCACUUAGGGAGGGAUUGAGAGAAGUCAGCAUGCACUAAUAGCUGGCUGAUGUUAGGGAGUGUAGAUUUUCCUUCUUCCUGGCAGGAUGUUAUUUUCCUCUGCUUUAAGGAAUCGAUGUGCUGACCCUGUGGACUCUUCUGAAAGUCUCCUAGGAGCAAGAUAGGCUCAAGGGAGUUUUCAAAAGUUAAUCCAUCACCAAUAGCAUGCAAGGUACAGGUUUUAGCUUAAUUCCCCACUGGUAUUGAGUUCACUGAAAUGUUUCUGACAGAUUUUAUAAACUUACUUGACAAGGAGAUUACAUGAUCAUGGCACAGUUCUUGCAGAGACUAGGAGCACAUGUCAGUGGACUCAGGGUCUUAAAAUAUAUUGCAGUACCUCUCAAGUCACUUAAGGAAUAGACUUCUGUGGGUUGUGUUCAGAGGUGAAUCUGACUUUUCUGAAAAUGUAAUUUUCAUGUGCCUUUUCUAAAAUCCCAGAUGUUUCUUUAUGAGUGAUGAAUGGUUACAGUCCUCUCAAAGCCAUGCUUUGCUGGGUGAGGGAACAGACGACCUGACUGACAUGGUUUUGGUCACAGUUUAUGGAUACAUAGCAUAAGAAAUAUGAAGUGAGUAAUGAGGAUUAACCAUUCAAAAUCUGAGUUGCAGCUUACAUAUAGAAACGCAAAUCCUAGCUAUUCCAUCCAACAGUAGACUGCAUGUUCCAUGCUGUGUAUAAAAAGCUUAUGUGGCCUUUACUAUGUAGGUAAUAGAGAUGUGGUAUAAUAAGAUGUGCAUGCUAAGCAGCUAUUCUAAGAGUUAAGCUCUUAGGGAAAAGGUUACUAAAGCAUAGAAUAAUUUGCUAGCAGCUGACAAAGUCGCAGUUCCUGUAACUAAACUCUCACAACUCCAAGAAGUUUGUCUGUGAUGGAAGUCUUAAUAACUGUUCUUACUUAGAUGUUUUUGUCAAGUUGUACCAAACAAGUAUCUUGAAUUACCUGGGUAGGAAAGAAGAAAACCAGCCUUUCUUUUGUAGCAACCUGAGAUGUUGUGUUGAAAGCGGCAAGGAAUUUUCCGUUGAAACAAAUCAUUCUUUGCUACCCAUGGAACUGUUUGGAAAGUGAAUGGAAAUUUUAUGCAUCCACUAGUUUGUUUGUUUGGAAAGUUCCGUCAAAUCUUUAUAGACAACCAGUCUCUGAAGAGGUUUCCAGGAGGAGGAAAUACAAAUUUUUACAUAAAAUAGUUUUGUUUCUUUUAGACCAAACAAGAUGUUAAUGCUUUGGCCAGGCUUUGGUGGGGCAUCAGGAUGCUAUUAGGAUAGAUUUAAAAAAUACUGGCUACUCUGAGUCAGGUAAAGCCUCUCAAUAAGUGGUUACAGGCAGCUUUGCUGCUCUGGCAUGCAGCAACAGUACUGUGGGAAUAAAUAACAUUUAUACUCUGUACAGCCCAAGUUCUAUCCACUGAGCAAAGGAAUUCCACAAAAACAGAUCUCUCCCUGACAUAUUCAACUCCCACUUCCACAUAAAAGCACUCUGUCGUUGUCAGGCAGAUUGUCUCCUGAAGGCUUAGUCACUGCAGGACCUUAUUCUGCAAUGUACAGAAGCAGCUUUUUGAUGGCUCUGGGAAGUCCUAUUUCAUGACUUCUGAAGCUAACAGCUGAAAUACUAUUGAUGAACAUGAUGAGGAAUAGGAUCUGUCACUGCCUUGUGUUCCCAAGGGAAGCAGGUGAUGCUCUCAGUGUGUGCCUGUGGGUGCUCAGCAUCCCUGAAGAUCAGACUGACCAUGAGAAAACGGGCUCCCAGGUAGCUGCAUACUGUCUUUGCCAGGGUUGUGAGCGAUCGCCUGCCUCACAUAACAGAGCAAGGUGUCAGUCCGCCGGGAACCUAGAUUUGUACAGUUCUGCAAAUGUAUAUAGGAAGAGGUCGAGUUUUUCCAUUUUGUCUAGGAUUAGAUGUACUCUGUCAAAGGUUAUAUGGGGUUUUACAAGUCAAGACAGCAAACUCUAGUGAGAAAUGGAAUGGUAAAUACAUAACUUGAGAUACAGCCAUGCAGAUCUAAGUCAUGUGCUUUAUUCCAUCCUUAGUGUAAAAGCAAGAGAAUGUUUGUAUUAAAACAGAGUUUAACGGGAGUAAAAAUUCCCUACAACAUGGAGAUAUAAAAAGUGUAUGUUUAAAAACAUGAUACUUACAGGCAACAUCCUUCCUCUGUUCAUUUAGCUGAGGUAAAAUUUCAUUAAAAAAUGCAAGUUUAAGCAAUAUUUCUAGUCCAAUCCACCAUAAUCCACUAAAGUUUUUUAUUCAACAUGUGGGAAUUUGAAGUUAAAAAAUAUAUUAGUAC